AGAGGAGGAGAAAUAGAAUAAAGAAGAAAACCAGAGAAAUUCUCAUAUUUUCGACAAAAAUAAUUAAAUUGCCAUGGAAAAUAAAGCGAAUAAUGCUGGACCCAGUUUAAGUCAGUAUUUCGCCAAUGAUCCACCCAGUUUCUUUGAUGAGCUAGCCGGGUCUCAGGAAAAACAAGAAAAUAAUACGAAGCAAAUACCUUUGGCAUCACAAAAAUCUGCUGCUUUGGCAAAUCCUUUGCAAAUGACAAUGCCUACUAGCAACUCAUCACCACCCACUGGUUUAUUUACUCCAGGCAAUUUGACAUCUAAUACUUUCACCGGAGGAUUUAAACCUCCCGAUUACAUAGAGAAUCCUGCAGAAUUGGAAGAAGACUUAAAAAUAAACGAUGAUGUGAGAAACUUCUGGGAGCCUCCACACACAGAACCCGGGGUGCCACCACUGCUGACUAUGCCAGGCAUUCAAACUGCUAAUGAUUUGCCCGAUUUGAUAGCUACAGCUGUUUCCAAACAUUUGGGUGAAACCGAACUGGCUCAACGUAAAGUUUUGGGCGUAGAUAAUGUUACACAGGAUGAACGUGGCUUAAGAUCACUUAUAGUAGCUGGCUGCUAUAGGUCAGCUGUAAAUCUUACAGGACGGCUAUUAACCAUUUAUGGUCAGGGAUUUGGACGUGCUGGUCAACCAGCCAAACAUUCUCCACACUCUUUACAACUAUGGUUUACACGUCUAGCUCUGCUCGCCAAGCUGGGCGAAUUCGAGAUUUUGCAGCAAGAGGCCGAACCUUUUGAGCAACUAAAUAAACCAGAUGUCUACUAUGAGUUUUACCCCGAAAUGUAUCCUGGCAAAACUGGUUCAAUCGCUUGCUUUUCAUUUCAUUUAUUACUAGCCGAAUUGCCUAUUUACUUGGGUAAUCCUCAAUUAGCUUUGGAUCGUCUUUCAGAGCUCUAUGUUAUUUGUAAUGAAAUUAAACAAUUUUAUGCGAGCAAACAACCAAGCGAAGCUCAAGAUUUUUGGAAAAAACGGGAACUUCGGGUAUUGCAUGCCAUAGUGAAUUGCGCAAUUAUACUUAAAAAAUAUAAUCUCAUAGAUGAUGUCAUAAGUAGCAUGAUUGUGGAACGUUCGGACUUGGAUAAAGAAGAGCGUAGAGCUUUAUUUUCAGCCUGGGGCAGAAUCUAUUUACAAAUUGGUGAUAUUUUUGGGGCAGAACAAAAAUUUGCUGAAGCACGCCGCUUGAGAAAGAUAGGCUCCCAACCGGAUAUACGUGACUUGGUGGACAAGGGUCUUAUAACUGUGGCGAAAAAUGAUUUUCCCGAAGCUUAUGCCACCUUCCAAAAAGCUCUACACCUAGAAACAGGAAAUACUAUGAUUUUAAAUAAUAUGGGUGUUUGCCUUUUAUAUGCUGGCAAACUUAAAGAUGCUAUAAAUCUCUUUGAGAGGGCCAUCAAUUUAAAUCCUCAAAAAUCUUUAAACGAAAGCCUUUUAGUUAAUCUAUCUACUUUAUAUGAGUUAGAAUCAAAUAAUUCUAAGAACAAAAAACUUAAUUUAUUGAGAUUAAUUAAUCGUUAUAAGCCCGAUUUGAAUAUUAGUUUAGAGAUUUGUUUGAAAUUGCAAACACCCAAUUAAUUAUUAGUAAAUUAUAAAACAUAUUAAAUAACUUUCACUUUAUUAGUAAACAAAAGACAUUUUUAACAAGUAUUUUAGUUUUGCCCUCCAUUGUGUAUACAAUACCUUUUUAUGUAUAUUUUAUAACAAACAAAUAUUUAUGGUUUCUGUUAAAAUAAAAUAUAAUUUAUUAAGAACAAGAA